AUGUCCGACUUCCGGUAUUUCCCCGCAUGGCUAAAUCGGCAUAUGGUAUGCAUACCGCAUUACGGGGAUACCCGUUGGCAAGAAUAUAACUGGGAGAUCUUCCAGGCGCUGGACACCCAUCGCUCUGCCGCUGUACCGUACGCUGAGAUCUCCGAUGUGAAUGCUCCUGGAGGUGGGGAAUUGGUCAAUCUGGUUUCGAGCUUCUAUUUCGUCGAGGUGCUCAAGUACCUGUAUCUUUCAUUCACCGAGACGGGUGUUCUUAGUUUGGAUGAGUGGGUGUCCAACACCGAGAGUCACCCCUAUCUCAUUCAAAGCAAGUACGCAUCCUCUUAG